GGCCUGCAAUCUCAGCCCCGCGGGGCGGAGCGCUGAGCGCAGCCAGGCUUUGCAAUAGCAGCCUGCUGGCUAUAAAGGCACCCGUGAGUCGCAGUACCUCGACCCACCUCGAGGACCGUCGCCAUGCAUCUUGUACCGCUGCUGCUCCUGCUGGGCUUGCUGAUCGCAGGCCCCGUCGCCCCUGCGCGCCUCGGCCCAAAGCGCCCUUCCCGACUUGGUGGCUUCUCCUGGGAUAACUGUGAUGAAGGAAAGGACCCUGCAGUGAUCAAAAGCCUCACGCUCCAACCUGACCCCAUUGUUGUUCCUGGAGAUGUGAUCGUCAGCGCUGAGGGCAAGACCAGCGUUCCCCUCACUUCUCCUCAGAAGGUGGAGCUCACCGUGGAGAAGGAAGUAGCUGGCUUCUGGGUCAAGAUCCCAUGCGUAGAACAGCUAGGCAGCUGCAGCUACGAGAAUGUCUGUAACAUGAUAGACGAAUGCAUCCCUCCUGGAGAACCCUGCCCAGAGCCCCUGCACACCUUGGGGCUUCCCUGCCAUUGUCCCUUCAAGGAAGGCACCUACUCACUGCCCACGAGCAACUUCACAGUACCUGACCUGGAGCUGCCGAGCUGGUUGAGCACAGGCAACUACCGCAUCCAGAGUAUCUUGAGCAGUGGUGGGAAGCGCCUGGGCUGCAUCAAGAUUGCCGUCUCUCUCAAGGGCAAAUAACCUGGCAGCAGCCACCACAGAAUGAAGGGGCACCAGGAAGGCAUGCCUCUUCUUCUGUGUUCUGGGGCCCAGUCCUGCCUGCUUCUAACUCCAUUCUCCUACAGUUCUUUACCCUCUCUGCAAAUCACUGCAACCUGACCUGAGGGAGGAUGGACCAGGCGGGUCUCAACAUCUGCUGGGCUGUAAGCCAUGUUCCUCUGCACCCCUACCAACCUUCUCAGAGUUUCUUUCAUGUCCAAAACAGUCGAGGAAUGGGAACCAACGUGUUUGGUAAUCUUAAGUUCACACUGGCCCAACCUGGGCCUCCUGAAGUUAUGCUCACCCCACCUCUUCGUGUUAGUCACCAACUUAAAACCAGGAUAACAGUAUUAAUCUUUCAUUCCACCCUGAACCUCUCCUCCAGCAAAGAGGUCUAGGUAGUCCGUCUUAGGUCUGUCCCCCUAUUAACUUCCGCGAUUAACUGCAUUCUCUUUGCAACUUGCCUAGCUGACACUGGGGCUGACAGAUCCCGAAGAGGCGGGGUGGCACGUGACAGAAACCUGUGAGAGUUAUUGUUGGGCAUGCUCUGUUAACCUCAGUAAAGCACAGGUACCUGUAGGGCCAAAUGGAAGACGGAGGGAGCCACAGCAAUUGCUUCCAGGAGCCAUGUCCACUUUUUGUCCUUUUUUGACAUGACACAUUCAAGAAUGGGAUGGCAUUCCUUAUACCUGACAAGAAACAAAACCAAAACCCCAAUAGCACAUUAUGUUCAGGUGCCAGGUGGCCAAGGUCUGGAGUGGCAUAUCUAGUCCUGGAGAGGUGCAGUCCAAUGUGACCUGUAAGUGCCAUGUAAGGAAUGGUGCCAGAUAUUUACAACAUUUUUCUUCCUUAGGCCCCAAACCCAGACUUUUAUAUGAAAUCUUAGAAUUUUUAACUAUUGGAAACAAAUUGGUUUUUGUAUACUAUGCAGGCCACAGGGGCCACAUGGACUCGUCUGGGGACAUCUCUGGCUCACAGGUGGCAGCUUUUUCUCACACCUGUUCAUCUUCUCAGUCUCAGGUGAUUUGGCUUCAUCUCUUUCCCCUUCAAGGUCAAGUCCUUGGUGCCUGACCUCAAAGAGGGCUCAGCCUACACCAGAGCAGGUCUACGUGGCCUCUGAGAGCUGGGCACUGUGCCAGCCUUGGAGCCCCAUCACCAUCAGGGGAGAGGGGUUCACACUGGAGUGGAUCCCCUCAAUCCCCAGCAGCCACCACAUGGAACAGGGGUCCCAUGAAGGGAGUGGAUCCCACAUCAGGGUGCACCAUGACAAGUGCUUGAGCCUCCUCGGACAGCCCAGGUUCUGGACUGGAAGACUAGUCUGGCAAUAAAUCUUUUUAACUUGC